UGUCUCUUGUUCGGUAUUAUUCGCCAGAACGGGGGAGAAAGUCACACUCCAGUGCCAGUGUUCCACGAGUGCGAGCUGUUACGAUGAGUUUGUCCGCUGGGUUCAAAUGAACUCGAACGAGUCGCUCAAAGUGAUCAAUACUACAUGUCAGGAAUCGCAGUGCCGGUUCGCCAGCAAAAGAUUAAAUGAUGAUCUGGUUGCCCUGACGAUUAGACAGGUGGAACCAGGGGAUUCUGGACGGUAUUACUGUGGAGAGUACCUCAGCAGCUACCUCCAGUUUAACGGCAAUGGAAGCGUUUUAAAGGUCGGAGAUGUCUGGAUGAACCACAGUGCUGUACAUAUGUUGAUGGAAUGGAUGGGUGAGGGUGGAAGCCCAGAGCUGGCUUUGAAUGAAACUCGCACAUCCAACAGUCGUGAUGAGUUGGUGUCUGAAUGGAUGAACAAGGCUGAUGCCAAUUCAAAUUCAGACCAGAGUGAAGUUCCUGAGCACACUGAGUUGCGUUGUGUCGUGACCGGACUCAGUGCCCCCUGGGUCAAUAUCUUUUGGCGGUCUUCUCAGGAAUCAUGGGAGAAAGCUGGUCAGACCUGGUCUUUCACUGACACCGGAAGAGGGUACAGGGUAGAGAGCCGGCUGAGGAUUGGACUAAAAGUAAAGUCUGACUGGGAGUAUGAGUAUGAGUAUGAGAAUUUGGAUAGGAUGGUGGAUAUGGAUGAAGAAUUAUGGUGUGAGGUCCAGGUUGGGGUGAAUUCCACUGUUCAGAGCCCAAAGUUUUCUUUCCUUCAGCAAACCCAUACUGACCCUGAGUGGUGCGAUAAACUCCUAUAUGGAGAAAUAGCGCUUUGUGCACUCUGCGUGUGUCUUCUCACUCUGCUGCUGUGUCACUGUCUCCAGCACAAGCACAAAGGUAUGCUGCACACGCUCCUCUAACAUUGACAGGGAAUUACAUGCCAAUAAACACCACAUACAGAGACUGGAAGACAUCACUAUGCAGGAAAUUACAAGUGAAUUACUCACCUGUGUUUCAGGUUCAGAAACGCCAGCGACAGAAGUGUCGCCAACAUCUGACUCCUAUAGAGAUGUCUACUCGGGCAUCACCUAUGCUCAGCUGGAUAUCAAGAGAAAACCCAGGACAGAGAGAAAACAAAGACAGGCCCAGAACCAGCAGGAACGCAGUCUGGUGUACAGUGAAGUGAGAUACAAACAUCAGUGAAGAAGAGUACAACAGGGAGAGGGAAAGAGAAAUUCAGAAAGAGAUACAGACCCACUGAUACAGGAGCACCCUGUAGACAGGCAGUUCUGUACAGUCAUUUGGUUUUUGAAAAUUCUAUGUUAACGUCUCUGAUUGUAGACUUCUGUUUACAAUGACAAGUUUGUAAUUUUUUACUAAAUCUCUUUAGUGUCCAUACGAGCACUGCUUCAUAAAGCUUAGAAAACCUUUUUAAUGAAAUAACACAAUUAUUGUGCUCCUUGUCUUGUAUAAUCAUCUUGUUGUCUAAUGAGAAAUAUGUGAAUUCAAAUGAGGCUCAUCACUGAAA